GGAAGAAGACAUAGAGGACACCAGACAAACAAGCUGCCGGUGUGUGGUGCAGCAUGUUGUUCUUCACCAAAGCUCCUUGUGUUUCUUCACAAAUAUGUCACCUGGUGACUGCGCAGAGAACCAGGAGCCUCUCUAACCAGCUCAGGAGCUUGUCUCAGCUCCCGGGGGUUCGUGCGUUCGCUAAACACACGCUGCCAGGCCGCGCGCCCUCCUGUCGCCCCACGAACAGAUGGCUCCUCUGUCAGAGCAGAGCUGAUGAUGAUAGGUGGAGGAAAAACAUCCAUCUGACACUACCUCAGCUGGAGAAACCCACCCCUCUGCAGAUAAGAGAGCUGUCAGAGGCAGUAUAUGAGAAGCUGGCAGAUGAGACACUGGGAGCUCUGGCUGAUUACUUCGAAGACCUCGCAGAUGAAUCUUUCACUGGAGCAGACUACGAUGUUGUCUUCUCUAGCGGUGUUUUGACGGUGAAGGUGGGCGGGGACCAUGGCACCUAUGUCAUCAACAAACAGACACCAAACAGACAGAUCUGGCUUUCUUCUCCCACCAGUGGGCCAAAGCGCUACGACUGGACAGGUGAAAACUGGGUGUACACUCAUGAUGGUUUUAGCCUCCACCAGCUCCUUUCCAAAGAGUUUUCCAUCAUCUUCAAUAAAAACAUGGACUUCUCUAAUCUGCCCUAUUCCUAAAACCCCCACACCUGCUAAUGACCUGCCUGUGGUUGAACUACAGGGACUCACAGAAGAACUGUGAAAUGGGAGCCAUAGUACAAAUGUACACCUCCGGCAUCAGCUAAUGUAUUUCUUGAUAGUUUCCUGCGUGCGUGAGCUGCUCUAUUCUGAUCUAUAUGCUCUCCAAUAAUACAGUGUACGUGUAUAUUUCAUGCUGAUAAUGACACAUUUUCAUGGAACAGAUGUGGAACUCAGCCACAUUCAGUCUUCAUGCUCCUCCAUGUCCUCAGUGUCCUACACUGUUCACUCAGUGAACACGAGCCUGUUUCCAUGCUGGUAAAAUUACUGACACCGUCUCACUUCUUCUGAACAACUUCUUACCCCCAACAACAUGUGUGAGUCACUGAGGAAUAUUCUCAUGUUCUGUAGUGCUGAUGACCUGUGAGACUAGCAGACAGAAUUUCUAUAUGUUGUUGUUAAUUUAUACUCAUUUUAUUUGGAAGGGACCAUGUACAAUAUUAAACAUGAACGGGUGCUUUAGAGAGAGGAUGUUUUUGAGGAUUUUCUAGAGUUCUUUGAACCAGCUUGAUUGAACUUAAUCUAAUCUUGAAUGCUCAGAAAAUGAUAUUUGAUGAUAAUUCUCCAGUAUUCCACAAUGAUGAGACUGAAUUGGCUUUUUUAUCCAGAAUUUUGAAGAUUUGUAUGUACAAAGACUCCAGCCUGACACCACCAAGUAACACAACAGGACAUCUGAGAAAGGAUCAUAGCUUGCAUAAAUGUCUCAGCUGCACAGAAAGACAGUUUGUAAGAUUUGGGUCCGUUAUUAUGCCAAAAUAUUUAGGUUCAGUGCAACUGAAUGCAAUUUAGUCUGUAAGCUUUGCGCAAUUUGACAAAUAUGAAAACAUCCUCUGCAGUAGUUUAGAUGAAAAAUGAAAUGUAGAGGGUUUAGAAAUAAGAACAUCACGACUGUAUGAAAUGCUUCAGAGGCCUACAUUUGAUUUGCUGUAUCAGUGGAAUGAUUUGCUCUGAAGCCCAUCCACAUGUGACGGAAACCUAAAUUGCCUGCGUUAAGAUUAGCAGUAUCUAUAGGAAAAAUGUGCAGUCCCCUUUUUGUAAAGCUCUUACCUAACUCAUGAACACACUCAAGGAACAAACUAUGUUAAAAACAAGCAGCAGCAGCAGCAGGAUUGUGUUUGAAUGAUAUCCCCUGUGCUUAGGGCUGAAGAGCUCCCUGCAAAUUCCUGGUCCUUCCUUGUAAGAUUAUCAAUAUUUCUCCAGACUGAUUUACUAUUACCUUGUGCAAAUCACUCAUUAAAUUCUCUGUCAGUUUGCUUACCCUUUGUUAUGCAAUGAAAAACUCUUGAUUUGAGUUGCUUCAGUGCCCUUGAAUCUCUUAUUAAUCAGUUUCCUUUGCAACCAGUUAAAUUAUCACAUAAGCCAGUAUGUGUCAAAUUGUUCUUUUUGGUUAAUUAGUAAAUAAGUUUAUAAUUUUAUGAACUAA